AUGUUAAACAUUACAGCGAUACAAUCACUAGAAGUUUUUCAAACAAUAUGGACCUUCACGCAGGACUACCUUUCGUCAUACAAUGCCACCGAAAUAUCUUAUAAGCUAUAUGAAAGCAUGAACGCCAUCACGACGAUCAACUCUGACUUUAUAAUACUUUUUAUAAUUUUCUUCAUGUUAUAUAUUGCAUGGUCCAUUAGCAAAGCUCUAUGCAGUUGGGUGUGGAGUGUGGUCAAAUUUGCCUUUUGGGUUUCUCUGUUUGUCGGUCUUUACUGGCUAUGGGUGAGCGUCGAUGUUCAACGUGGCAACCAGGAAAUACGCAUCACCGCACAGAAAGUAGUUAGCGGCGUGAAAGGAGCUGUGCGCGAAGCGGUUAUAAACAGUGAACGUGAUGAGCUGUAA